AUGAACGAAGAUAAGAAGCAACCGAUUGACAUACAUGACAUACUGAACCAAAAACCCCAGCUCAUCGAAAAGACGCCCCUAGAUGUUUUCUUCGAGGAUCUCGAUAACAAGAUAAUAACUCCUAUAAACGAAUACGCAGCUGACUCAGAUUCUUGUUCUUCCGUUUAUCAAGUAAUAAAAUGCACGAGCAACAAAGAAUUUGUCAUAAUGCUUUUACAGAGCUUUGAGAAUUUGCACAUUCAAGUUCUUGGACAGCAACAGAGACUCGUCGAUAGCGAAAGUAAUUUAUUGCCCAUCUCUUUGCAUGAUAUGAAGUACGUGGAUGAGCUGAUCAACCUUCUAAUUAUUCAUGGUAUAGACGCUAACUUGCCUGCAACAAUGAAAAUUCCAUUCGAUUCAAAAAGACUGAAUACUUUCAAGAAGGGAGAAAAGAGCACAAAAUAUGAAACGCCUCGAUGGCACACCAUAAAUAACGAUACGUUAUCCAAAGUUAUAACUGCAUUUUAUAAUGUUCUGACUAAUGACAAGUCUUCGGAUUAUUUGAGAAAUCUAAUUUUAAAAGGUAGUGCGUAUGCAAACAUUGUAUUAGGCUUUAUAGUGUUACAUAUGCAACUACCUAGCAAAUACACUCCACAGAUGAUCGCAAAGCUGGAAAAUCUUCAAGAUACUUAUACCUUGUUUGGUGUGUAUACCUUACUAGUGGAAGCAAUCCAAGAUGAAAAGGUAAGGGAACCAAUAUUACUAAAGUUAACAACGUUGACGUUACGAAGACCAGAAAACGGUCUGGUCAGUUUAGUUGAUUUCGUUUUGGGUGUGAGAGAUGCUGAGGAUAUUGACAUUGAAAAGUUCAAUCGUGUUUAUCAAAUUUUGAUGAGCAAGCCAAGAACAAUGACAAAUCUCCAAUACUUGACCGAACUAUUCAAACAAAUUUAUGAUGGUCUCACUUUUGUGAACAGACCUAUACUGGUCACCUGUUUGAACGGACUAAUCUUCAAGUUCUACAUGAGGAACAGGAGAAUUGUUCACGAUUUUUUGUUUAAAAAGGUCUACUCAAUUAUCUUCAACUUUCCGUUAGCUGAUCAUUCGGCAAAAGAACUAAAUGAUGCUAUUAAUGUUCUCAUAUCAUUAUCUAAGAAUUCUUCGAUAGAUUUACUGAAUGAUUUAGUUACUGGUUGCCCAAAAAUUGAUGGCAUUUCUCCUGGUCAAUUCUCCUUAAAUAUAUGGAUAUAUGGCCUUUUUUUGAAGAAAAAUCAAAAAUUUGAUCCAUUGAAAAUAAAUCAAUUGUCUAUUGCAGAGGAUAAACGUACAGAGCGUGUAAACUUGCUAAACGGAUCUCCUCCGAAUUAUUAUCAGGUUAUAUUAUCCUUAUUAAAGUCUUUAAUAGUAGUAACAGGUAAUUUCCAAAUUCUGAAUUUGUUGAGCCUUAAUUUGCUCAACUUUGAACAUGAGAAAUGGAAGUUUUUGAUUGAUCUUGAUACUCAACUACCAUACAUUUCAGUCAAAAACACAAAUACAGUAGAGCUACUUUCCGAAAAGGAAUCGAAAAACACACAAAUGUCCCAGUUUUUUCGGGAUAUGGACCUUUCGAUAGAUUUGUUCAUGGAAUUUUUAGCGUUGUUAAAUGAUGAGGAGCAAUUGACGAUUUUAUUUUUGGAAGUUUUGAAAAGAUGGGUUCAUCACACAAAGGACAGUAAGAAAAUUUCGUCAUUAAAUUCAAGCGAGACGUCAAGCGUGUCAGAUAACGCGUUAAUACUCAUGGACUUAAAAAUAUUGGAACGUAUGGACGAACAAUUUAAAUCAAAAAUUAUCAAAAAACCUAAAGACGUUCUUAUCGUUAUAGAUCAAUUAAUUGAUAUUGAUCAAGGAAAGGAUGAAACACAGGAAAUAGAAGUUGAUUCUGACGACGAAGAAGAAGUUGAAGCAGAAAAGUUAGAUCCAAACGAAAACUCCUCUUCCAGAAUUAUCUUACAAUUACUGUCCACUGUUCUUUCGGAAUCGACGAGCGCUAUGCUAUCACAAUAUAGCCCCACAUUAAAAUCUAUUUCUAGAAAAUUGACGUUUUUUAACACUGAUGCUCUUGAAGUGGGUACCUUAUUGGAAUCCAUAGAUAAUAUUUUAAUGAACAGGCUCGCCACAAAAACGAAUAGCAACCUAAACAUCGAUAUGGAUAAGGAUGCGCUUGACCAAGCGAUAAGUAAUCUAAGCGAUCCUUUGAUACCGAUAAAAUCAUAUGGUUUAAUAGAACUACAACGUCUAGCUGAAAAAAAGUCCCAAGUGAUCUCACUGGAGAAAGUGCUACAAAUACACUUAGAUUACUUAAAGAACUCUGACCCUUUUAUAUACCUCAACGUUAUUAAAGGACUUACGAAGUUAUGUGAAUUAGAGCCAAAAACUACAUUGCUUCCGCUUGUUGAAUUUUAUGCAAACAAGAAAAAAAAGAAUAAACUAGAUGAUGUGCUUAAAAUCGGUGAAGUAUUCAUUAAUUACAUUCAAUGCCAAAACGAAUUGUUCCAAGGUAAAUUUGCGUAUCUUAUAAUAGAUACGUGCCUUGAUAUCGUGAGGCCAAAUGAUAGUGCGCCAUUGGAUAACAAAUGGCGUAUGUCAUCCAUGUCAAUCUUAGGUAUAUGUCUUCAAACCAAUGCUAAGGCCCUUCCAGACAGGAUCGGUGAUAUGCUGGAUUGUGCAUUUGGAAUAUUGCAGUUAGAGCAACCAACUAAAUCUUUGAAGGGCAAGGAUGAUUCUUUUUUAAUGAGAAGAAGUGCCGUACAUCUGAUACACGAUUUGCUGUACAGUACAGGGCUUGAUAUGCUUCCAGCCGAAUACAACUACGAUAAGUUAAAGACACUAUUGUCUUACGUGCAUGAUCAAGAUGAAGAUUACUUGGUUUGUGAACAGAUUGACAAGCUUUUAAUCAUACUGAAAAAUUUAUAG